AUGUCCAAGGAUGGUAAGAAUGUGUUUGCAAAAAUGAUUGAGAAACAAGGAAGGAAUGAUUACUACUGGAGUAAUGAAGAGUAUACUCAUGCAACACGUUCUAGAGUUAUGCUGAAAAAGUAUGGUAAAGAAAUAAAAAAACUCUAUGGACAUGAUCCUUGGAUUUGGAGAAUUUUAACUCCAUUUAUUCUACUUCAACUUUAUCUUGGUUACCGAGCAUCCGAAAUGAGCUGGACAACUUUUCUUCUUCUCUCUUAUUUUGUUGGAGGUACAAUUACCCACAGUUCUUUUCUUGCAAUUCAUGAAGUUACCCAUUACCUUGCUUUUAAAACACGAAUAUACAAUGAUUUUUAUGCAAUUUUUAUAAAUCUUAUUGUACCAUUUCCUUAUGCAAUGAUGUUUAAAACUUAUCAUUCAGAUCAUCAUCAUUACCUUGGUUGGGAGUUAGUUGAUGUGGACGUGCCAACUGUUGUGGAAGGUAAAUUACUAAGUAAUUUCCUUGGUAAAUUUUUCUUUCUGACGUUUCAAAUUUUAUUUUACGCAUUUAGACCUACAAUUAUUCGGAGGAUAAAAUUUGAUAAUAUGCAUAUUAUUAAUUAUGUUGUACAGUUGACCUUUAAUUUUUUGGUUUACUCUUUAUUUGGAUUUGCACCGCUUUUGUACUUUUUGUUCUCUAUUUUCUUGGGAACCAGUUGGCACCCUAUAUCUGGACACUUUAUUUCAGAACAUUUUGUUUUCAAAGGCGAUGGAAAACAAGAGACUUUUUCUUAUUAUGGACCAUUAAAUUGGUUAACUUGGAAUGCAGGAUAUCACGUUGAACAUCAUGAUUUUCCCUCUAUUCCAUGGAAUCGACUUCAAAAACUUCGUGAUAUUGCCCCAGAAUUUUAUGAUGAUUUAAUUGUUACAGAGUCUUGGCCAGGUACACUUUUUGAUUUUUUGUUCGAUACAACAGUAAAUCAAUUCUCUCGUGUUGUUCGUGAGAAAGGAGCAGCGCAGCGGGAAAAGUUAUUACCAACUUUGCAUGGAUCUGUAGAAAGGGGGUGA